AUGGGAGGCUGCGAGUUUAAAUUUAGGGGUUCGAAUGAUGAUUCAUGUAAGAAAAGAAUAUAUGUAGAAAUGACAUUACAGAAUUUUGAAUUAAUAUCAGUUGUUGGAUAAGGAGGAUUUGGAAAAGUAUACAAAGCAAGACUUAACAAAACUCGCAAUAUAGUUGUAGCACUUAAAGUCAUGUCCAAAGUUAAAGUGAUACAGAAAAAAAGCGUGAGUUCAGUGAUGAAUGAAUUACAGAUUUUAUCAACCCUAAGACAUGAAUUUAUAAUCAAUAUUAUCAGUGCCUUUUAAGAUCGUUGUUCCUUGUAUUUAGCUAUGGAUUUCUUGGCUGGAGGAGAUUUAAGAUUUCAUUUAUGCAAAUAUCGAAAAUUCUCUGAAGCAAUUACACAGCAUAUAGUGAUUUGCAUAAUUAUAGGACUCGAUUAUAUACAUUCAAAUGGCAUAAUACAUAGAGAUAUCAAGCCUGAAAACCUAGUAUUUGAUAGCCAAGGCUAUUUAAGAAUUACUGAUUUUGGAAUCGCUAGAAUAUGGAAACCAUAAAACAGUCAUGAAACGAGUGGCACUCCUGGUUACAUGGCUCCUGAAGUGAUGUGCAGACAAAAUCAUGGAGUUGCUGUAGACUACUUUGCUUUGGGCAUUAUUAUGCAUGAGUGUAUUCUUGGCAAACGCCCAUAUAAUGGAAAGAGUAGACAAGAAAUUCGAGAUUAAAUUAUUGCUAAAUAGGCUGCUAUUGCUGAAGUUCCUUAAGGGUGGAGUACUGCAGCCAUUGCUUUUGCUAAUGCUUUGAUGUAAAGGAAGCCUUAAUUGAGAUUGGGGUGUAAUGGGCCAGAGGAAGUUAAAAGCCAUCCUUGGUUCAAAGAUAUCAAAUGGGCGAAUUAUGAAAAGAAACUGAUUACUUCUCCUUUCAUCCCUGAUGGAAAAUUGGAAAAUUAUCUAAAGUCUAAUCAACUUGACUCCCUUGAAGAUUAAUCUAUUCUCCAUUCUGAAUAAGUUUAAUGGUAUGAACAUUUGCCUCAACUCAAUGGAUAGCCUGCUUGCAUAUCAUCUAUCGUUUCCCCCAGAACUCCGAACUUAAGGAUUCAGCUUAAAAAAGAGUAAUGA